ACUCCAGCCUAUCCUCCUCUCUAAACAAUCAAGGCAAUGGUCCUGGCAGAGCCGUGCUUGCGAGGGAGACUUUUUCACUGCAAAAGCCAGGGUUAGGGUCAUCGUUCAUCGUUGAAAUGAACCAGAGCCCAGCAGUCGCUGUGGAUUAAAACGGAAACUUUUACGAUGGCUCUAAACGUAAAAAAGUAGCUAAAACAACACCAGAACGGACCUUUAGCAAGCAACUAGAUGCACAGGCACAGCUCAUAUGCGCGAGCCGAGCCAUCUCAACCCUGGCUGCAGUCCCAAAUCCUCAGUAUUUUAACCGAACUAGCAUCCUAAAACAUUUUUCGACUUUUGUUUGCUUUCUGUUUUACACAGUCAAAGUCCGUAACAAUUCUUACUCUGAACGAAUUAUGGCAGGGAAGCUGACAACACAAAGCACGGGAAUACUGCUCGUGACAGCCAACGUUGGAUCGCUUUUUGAAGAUCCUGAAAACCUCCAGAAGACAUGGCUGAGAGAGUUCUACCAGACUGUCCACACACACAAGCCCCACUUCAUAGCUGUGCACUGUCAAGAGGUCGGCGGCAAGAACUACGAAGCUUCCAUGACACAUGUGGACUGUUUCGUCAAAGAGCUGCUGUCCAGUGAUGCCAUGAAGGAGUACAACAGAGCCCGCGUCUACCUCGAUGAGAACUACAAAUCCCAGGAGCAUUUCACAGCACUAGGAAGUUGCUACUUUCUCCACGAAUCCUUGAAAAACAUCCACCAGUUUGAUUUCAAAGCCAAGAAAUUCAAGAAGGUGGUCGGGAAGGAGAUCUACUCAGACACACUAGAGAGCACGGCCAUGUUGGAGAAGGAGAAGUUCCCUCAGGACUACUUCCCUGAGUGCAAGUGGUCCAGAAAAGGCUUCAUCAGGACUCGAUGGGCCCUGGCUGACUGUGCCUUCGACCUGGUCAACAUCCACCUGUUCCACGACGCGUCCAACCUGGUGGCGUGGGAGAAGAGCCCGUCUGUCUACUGUGGGACCAGACAGAAGGCUCUGGGCUACGUCCUGGACAGGAUCACUGACCAGCGGUAUGAGAAGCUACCAUAUUUUGUCUUUGGGGACUUCAACUUCAGGUUGGAUUCGAAGCAGGUUAUUGAGACUUUGUGCACCUCCGCCACCCUGCAGACAGUGAGAGCCGCCGACACCAACGAAAUCGACAAGCUAAUAUUUCGAGAAAGCGAAAACGAUCGAAAGGUUUUACUUCAACUUGAAAAGAAGCAUUUUAGUUACGUCAACCAAGACGUUUUCCGGGAAAACAACGGGACCUCGCUUUUAGAGUUUGACAAAGAGCUGUCCAUGUUCAAGGACCGACUGCAUGAGCUGGAGAUAUCCUUUCCUCCCAGUUAUCCAUACAGUGAAGAAAGCAGUCGGGGGAAGGAGUACAUGAACACACGCUGCCCUGCCUGGUGUGACCGUGUCCUCAUGUCUGCUAUGGCCAGAGACCUGGUCCUCAAGCCUGAAAACGAAGAGAAGUCGGUGGUCUAUGACAACGUAGGGCCCAACGUCUGCAUGGGGGACCACAAGCCUGUCUUCCUGUCCUUCCGAAUCCCAGCGGGGGCAGGUAAACCUAAUGCAAAUAAGCACAAGUGUUGUGUCGUGCAGUGAUAUCGUGGGAAGUGGUGCCAAAGGGUGGAGAUAUUUCGUGAAGCGCCUCUGUGAAAAGUAAAACAGAAGACACAGGACACCAAGACAGACACACAAAGACACAUACAGAAGCACACACACUCACACACACAAGACCCUAUACAGACCUUUAAGAAGUGCUGGGCAGUCACAGUGGUUGGAACACCUCAUCCAUAUAAAACUGAUGUUUUUUUCUCUCCACAAAAUGCUUCAGUAUCUGGACUAACCCAACUGAGAAAUACUCAGAUAUAACACACCUCACUGACCUCACCAUUGCAACAACCCCUUCCCCCUUCCCAAAAAAAGGAUGGACUUUUCCAUGUCACAGCCUUGUUGCCAAAACUCUAAUAGAAUCAAUCCUACUACUUUAUUUUAGAUACCAUAUUUGCAAGUUUUAGGUAUGCCUCUACAUAUAGAAGCUACUUCCAUACAGUAUGUAAGAUGUUUUAAAAGUGCAAUGCAAAAAAGUUGUAUAUCUAUUGUUAGGUUUAUUUGUACAUUGGACAGUAUAACAUAGAGUUGUUGAUGGUUUUAGUGCCGUUCUCUCUUCUGACCAAACUUCGUGGUCUUUUUGUUAGAAUAGAUAGAUAUUUUCAGUUAAUUCUGAUGAUUUGUAUUUUUGUUUUGUUUUGGAGUUGUUGUUGUUGUGUGCAUAACACACUGCCAUGCCUCACACAUCAGCUGAGUCACAUUUUUAUAUACUGUAAUUUUUAAAGAGAUAAUUUAUCAUUCUUACCAAAAUUGUUAUGCUGAAGUGUGGAUACAAUGAGACUGCGCGGGUGUUCCUGCAGCCAUAAGGACCUUAGUAUUUAGGAAUUUAAUGAGAAAGAAAAAUAACUGUUCAGCCAACAUUUACAUAGCCUAUCCAAGAAUGUUUUAAGCAGUGCCAUAGACCAUGCAAUUAGAUAAGAUAUUGUUUCAUAUAGCAGUCUCACAUUAUUUCAUGAUUAUUCUUAUUCUAACUUAUUUCAAUGUAAUAAUAUUAUGGUUCUGAAUGUGAUGUUUUUAGUUUUUAGAUGUUUUUAGGUAUCCUUACAAAAUGUACACUUUUUGUCUAUUUUUGUUACUGCAUUAUGGUGCCAAGUAUUGUACACAGAAAUGAAGUGUGACGGUUAAUAUAAAAUACUUAGGCUAAGUCAUAUUGAUAGAUAAAGGUCUUGAUUAUAAAUUGGAGGAAAACGCUAAAGACGAGAAAGACCAGGAAGAAUUGCUUUUUAAUUUUGUAUGUAGCCUUCGGCAGCCUUUACUUCUAUGUUGCAAAUAAUUUCCUUUUACCGGUCGUUAGAGCAUUAAACAGCGAUUAGGAGAUGCUGUUGAUGAAACGCCAACGUUUCCUUGUAUUGAUUUAAUUUACUACACUACAGAGUUCACAGACUGUGUGAAGCCGUUAGAUUGAUCCUUGAAUUUUUCCAUCUAAAUCACCGCAAGUGGAAAUGAUUUUGUGCCUGCUGCAAAGAUAUUUGUUGUCUUGACAAUGUGAUUUGGUUCGUAGACCAACCUGCUUGUUUUUCCCGCUGGUCACGUGAUAGGAGAAGCCGCAGUUUGUUCACUCUUAAAGCAGAUAGAGAUUCUACCCCCUGAACGGCAUGGCCUCUAGUGUUGGUUAUGCGGUUCUCAAGCAAUAAAACCAUUAGAACUCA